AGGAAGACUUCGAGACGAGAUCUUGACGGCACGCUGAGCUGCAGCGACGUGAGGCGUUUGAGGUUCAGCCCUCGCUAGGAGGUCAAAGUUGCCAAGCAGAGGAAAGCCUUUCCAGAUUCAAGCUACGGGACCAGCCUGUGCUGAAGGGGACUUCCUGUGCAAGAUUCCGAUGUUGCUGCCAUGUGUGAGGUUCCCACGCCAAUUCUCAACACUCUAAACCAUCCACUUCCACCCCACCUUUAUCCGUUCUUCUUUUCCUUGUCAUCCUCUCACCGGGCCAGCUGGACUGUCCGUAAGGUUCGAUCACAAAUGUCUUCCUCACGCUGGAAAGAGCCCUACCUGCCAUGGUAACCCUCACCAGGAUCAAAAUGACCUCAAGCGUUCAUCAGGAUGACAGCAACAUUUUUGGGUUAAUGGACGAAGAUGACAAGGACAAAGCAAAACGUGUGUCCCGCAACAAGUCAGAGAAGAAGCGCAGAGAUCACUUCAACGUGCUCAUCAAGGAGCUGGGCACCAUGUUGCCAGGCAACGCCCGCAAGAUGGACAAGACCACUAUUUUGCAGAAGAGCAUCAACUUCCUACAAAAGCACAAGGAAGUCGCCGCCCAGUCCGAGUCGAUGGAGAUCAGACAGGAUUGGAAACCUGCGUUUCUGAGCAAUGAGGAGUUCACCCAGCUGAUGUUGGAGGCCUUAGACGGAUUCUUCUUGGCCAUCACAACAGAUGGGAACAUCAUCUACGCCUCUGAGAGCGUCACGUCGCUUCUGGAGCACCUUCCUUCGGAUCUUGUGGAUCAGAACCUGUUGAACUUCCUGCCCAGAGGGGAGCACUCAGAUGUCUACAAGAUGCUGUCCUCUCAUGUCACGGAGGGGGAGACACUGACGCCUGAGUAUCUGAAGACAAAAAACCAGCUAGAGUUCUGUUGCCACAUGCUCAGAGGGACGAUGGACCCCAAAGAGCCACCUGUGUAUGAAUAUGUCAAGUUCAUUGGAAACUUCAAGUCCCUCAACAAUGUGCCUAAAUGCACCCACAUUGGAGUCACAAAGAUGGUCAUUCAGCAAUCGAUCCACUCGGCCUUUGAGGAGCAAGUGUGUCUCGUGGCCACCGUGAGGCUCACCAAACCCAAAUUCAUUAAGGAGAUGUGCACUGUAGAGGAGCCCAGUGACGAAUUUACCUCCAGACAUAGUUUAGAAUGGAAGUUCCUUUUCUUGGACGACAGAGCUCCGCCCAUUAUUGGCUACCUGCCUUUUGAAGUGCUGGGCACGUCUGGCUAUGACUACUACCAUGUGGACGACCUGGACACGCUGGCCAAAUGUCACGAACACCUGUUGCAAUACGGCAAAGGAAAGUCCUGCUAUUACCGAUUCCUCACCAAAGGGCAGCAGUGGAUUUGGCUCCAGACGCACUACUACAUCACCUACCACCAGUGGAACUCCCGACCUGAGUUUAUUGUCUGCACUCACACUGUGGUCAGCUACAGUGAAGUGAGAACAGAACAGCGGCGAGAGCGGGGACUGGAAGCGUCGCCAACUGAGGUGACGCCAGACAAGUUGCAGGACUCCAGCUUAGAGUCGCAACCCAACGUGUCCAGCCUCAAGGAGGCGCUGGACCGAUUCACCUGCAGCCGGACGCCAUCGGCAUCGUCUCGGAGUUCACGUAAAUCCUCUCACACGGCAGUGUCAGACCCCUGCAGGCGCGACUCUCGCACGCAAGGUGAGGUGAGCACACCAGGGCGCCAGUCUGGGUCCAACGUGGGCGUCACAUCGCAAAGAAGAUCAUCAGUUGGCAGUCAGUCAAUUAGCUCCCAAAACACAGCACAGACGUCAUCAAUGGUUUCACAGCAACAACAACAGCAAUUCGCCGGCCAGCUAGAAGCCAUGCAGCAAAUGAAGAAGGAGCUGGAGCAGCGCACCCAGAUGAUUGAGGCCAACAUCCAGCAGCAGCUCCACGAGCUGUGGGGGAUCCAGCAGGAGCUGCAGAGGGUGCAAGAGCAGGGUUUGCAAAUGCUGGUGCAGAAAGGAGCUCUAGGACUUAACAUGAGCAUGGUGCACAUGGCCUCGGGGACUGUGCAGCAGGGUCCUGCGCUCGGCAUGCAGGGCCAGGUGGUCUCUGCAGGGCCUUUGCAGACCACCAUCCAACAACAGCAACAUGCUGUCCAACCCCAACAGAGCACAGCACUGGUACAGCCUCCACAGAAUACGCUGGCGGCUUCUCUUUACAACACUGUGGUGAUCCCGCAGCAAAACCCGACAAACGUUGUGCAGAUUGCGCCCAACGCAGGGACAAACACCCCCGCUGUGUUCACACCGGACGCCCAAAUUAGGUUUCCUGCUGCUCGACAGCUGCUCACCAAGUUGGUCACGGGACAAAUGGCAUGUGGCGCCGUCAUGGUCCCUUCCACCAUGUUCAUGGGACAAGUGGUGACGGCGUUCGCUCCCCAGCCAGGACAGACACCAACCAUCAGCAUUUCCCAGCAGCCGCCGCCACCACAGCAGCCUCAGGAGCAGGCUCCGCGGAUGCUCCAUGGAAGCCAUCCCACACAGCUCAUCCUGCCGGCGGCGUUCACCGCCACGACCAACAACAACACGUCCAUCAAGCAGCAUCAACAACACAUAACACAACACCAACAACAGCAACAGCCGUCCCACAGGAGGGACACUUUGCCCAAUCAGUCUGUGUCGCAGCUGCAGUAGCCGCUUACAGCCACCAGGGGGCAGGCUGGAAAGUUUUCUUGACUCGAGAGGCUACGAAGGCGAUCUCGUGCGACAGGAAGAGGAUUGCAGCGAGGCAACACUGCCACGCCCCCUUUUAAGUUUGCGUGUUUACUUUCACUGCAUCACUUUAUGCAAAAAACAGCCUCAGUAUCUUGAAGAAUACUAUAUAAUGAGACCUAAACUAUUUUUAUGGUCCAGAUUUACUGUACAUAAUGUAUAAUGUAAAUAUAUAUUGAAGAAAAUAUAUUAUUUUAUAUGAGAUGAUUACGCUCUUUUUCUAGUAUUGGAAGAUUAUAAAAAGAUGUUUGGUUUUCACUAGAUUGCCGAUAUGUAGUCUGAAAGAUAAAUAAAAUAAAAGCAUUUCCACAUAUUUAUGCUCAACUCAUACUCUGGUUCUCCAUUAUGCUUCAAAAUAAGAUCUCAAAUAAACUCUCAAAUAUUGUAUGAAGGUUGUUUUUUGUGAACUCCACUUCACUUUUUCAGUUCUUUUCUGUGCCAAAAUUAAAUAGAUAUUGAAUGAAUACAUAAAAUGUGAAAUGAUAAAUUGGCCAUUAAUUGUGAAAUAUAAUCGGAAAUGUUGAAAUA